AUGCUCCAGAUGGCGACAUUUCCGAACCGGGCCGGCUACAGCCCACUCGUACCCUCACCUCUAAACCCAGACGUACACGCAAUCGCACCGCAACGCUGCCAGAGGCUACGAGAAAAGAGACGCCAACAAGGCCGCGGGGAUGUGAGCCCAACCCAGAGACUGCUCCGUCACAAGGCCGCCAUGGCCUGGAAGUCGGAGGCUCUGACGCGGGAAAGCACGAUAUACACUAGGGACGAGAUCCUCGACAUCAUCGCCGAGUGUGAUCGCCAAGACGUUGCCGCGAGGGGCCUCGUCGUCAUGGCCACUUCGAACCAGCCGCCGUGGCCGCCUCAGAAGAAGCAGCCCAAGGUCCACAUUCGAGCGGCGCACUGGAAGGAGCACGAGGGCGACGAGUACGAUUUCUUCUGCGAGACGGACGACGAUUCGGAGGAGAGCUCACGGCAGUGGCCGUCUCUCGUGCCCAGGCUGCGCAGUCCCUUCUCCAAAGAUACCGCACGCCGGGUUGCGUUGGCAUUUGGAUUGAUGUGUAUCUGCGGAUGUCUACCGGCGCUACGAGCCCACGGCUUCCACAUGUACUCGGCGACCGAGGCCGCCUAG